AUGAGACCUUUUGGUCUUUGUAUUUUUGGUUUGAUUAUCUUGCUGGUGGUCAAUAACGCUUUUGGAUUUCAAAAUGGUUAUAGUAUAAAUAAUAAUAAAAGGAAUUCUCAUAAUAAGAAGGCUGGUCUGUUGAAACAACAACAAUACCAUCAUCGCGACCAAACAAAGAAAGACCAAAUAAGCCGAAAAUUUGGAUUUAAAUUAAUAAAAUCGAAUCCAAACAUUAAUCUCGACGACAACAACAAACCAUCAUUUCUGGAAUACAAUGGCUCGACUGAAUCGAGAGCCUCGGCAACAGCGCGCAAUUCACAAGGAAUCAUUAUUCAUAAUAAUAAUAUUAAUAAUGACAACAAUAAUAGAAACAAUGGAAACAAAAAUGGCAACAACAAUAAUGAUGGAAACGACGGCAGAAAAAAUGGAAAUGAUGACAAAAAUAAUGGAAGUAAUGGUCAAAAGAACGAUGAGUCUAAUGACAGUAAGUCUAAUAAUGGAAGCAGCUCCGGUAAUAAUGGGAGCGAUUCUAAAAAUAGUAAUUCCGGUGGAUCAAAUAGUAAUUCCAGUGGAUCAAAUAGUAAUUCCAGUGGAUCAAAUAGUAAUUCCGGUGGAUCAAAUAGUAAUUCCGGUGGAUCAAAUAGUAGUUCCGGUGGAUCAAAUAGUAAUUCCAGUGGAUCAAAUAGUAAUUCCAGUGGAUCAAAUAGUAGUUCCGGUGGAUCAAAAAGUAAUACCGGUGGAUCAAAUAGUAGUGGGAGCGGUUCAAGUAAUAACGAUAAUAAAAAUGGUUCUGAUAACAAUAAAAGUUCUAACGGGAACGAGAAUAGUUCCAGUUUGAGUGCUUCAUUAAAUCAGACACCAAAUGCAGAUCAUCCUUCACAAUCAUCAUCAAACUCAACUAUUCUACCCACAAACACAACCAUGCCUGAAGAUCAGAAAGGAUACGCAGUUCCCCCUACACCACCCAAAAACAAAUCAAAUGAUAUAAAAAUCGGAUUAAUAAUUGCAAGCAGUCUUCUAAUUGUGAUUGUAAUUCUGAUUGCGGCCAGACGUCGUCUACGAUGCACCAAUCCACAUUACUAUAUUCCCGAAAGUUCGUGGUCUGAUACUGACUCAUCAAUGACCAGUGGAAUUGGUAAAGCCCCGCAAAAUAAGUCCCGUUCGCAAUCAUUACUAGAAGCGUUCAAGAAGAGCGUUGUUAAUAUCUUUCCGUUGCCGCAUGAUUCUGCUAAUGUAACUGGGCAGAGCAAAUUUAUUGAAAAGAUGGAUGAAGUUGUUUGA